CUGGAUCGGGUCUAACCAUGGUAUCACUGGAACCAGGCCUCACCAAGUCCCUGAACAGGGGCCAAGAGCAGAGUUGCAGCACUGGCAGGAGCCCCAUGCCCCCACACCGCCCUGGUACUCAGAACCAGACCUACCUGGAUGAGCUCAUCAGCAUACCCAAGGGCAGCGGGACUGGGUUCAGCUUUAGGAAACUCUGGGCUUUCACCGGUCCCGGCUUCCUCAUGAGCAUCGCGUACUUGGACCCAGGCAAUGUGGAGUCAGACCUGCAAGGCGGGGCACUGGCGGGAUUUAAGCUGCUGUGGGUGCUGCUGUGGGCCACUGUCCUGGGGCUGCUGUGCCAGCGCCUGGCCAUCCGUCUAGGAGUGGUGACCGGGAAGGACCUGGCCGAGAUUUGCUACCUCUAUUACCCUAAGGUGCCCCGUGUGCUGCUCUGGCUCAUGAUUGAGAUCGCCAUCAUUGGCUCUGACAUGCAGGAGGUGAUCGGGACAGCCAUUGCUUUCAGCCUGCUCUCAGCUGGCCGCAUCCCCCUCUGGGGUGGGGUCCUUAUCACCAUCGUGGACACCCUCUUCUUCCUCUUCUUUGAUAAGUACGGGCUCCGCAAACUGGAGGCUUUCUUCGGCCUCCUCAUCACCAUAAUGGCCCUGACCUUUGGCUAUGAGUACGUGGUGGUGAGGCCAGGGCAGGUGGAGGUGCUGAAGGGCAUUUUCCUGCCCAACUGCCCAGGCUGCGGGCGAAAGGAGCUGCUGCAGGCCAUGGGCAUCAUUGGCGCCAUCAUUAUGCCCCAUAACAUCUUCCUCCACUCCUCCUUGGUCAAGACACGGGAGAUCGACCGGUCCAAGAAGGAGGCAGUGCAGGAGGCCAAUAUGUAUUUCCUGAUCGAGUCCUGCCUGGCCCUCUUUGUCUCCUUCCUCAUCAACCUCUUUGUCAUGGCUGUCUUCGGUGAGGCUUUCUACCACCAGCGAAAUGAGGAUGUGUACAACAAGUGCAUCAACAGCAGCAUCAGUCACUAUGCCAGCAUCUUCCCCAUCAACAACAAGACAGUCUCUGUGGAUAUCUACCAGGGGGGCGUCAUCCUGGGCUGCUAUUUUGGAGCAGCGGCAUUGUACAUCUGGGGCAUCGGGAUCCUGGCAGCAGGACAGAGCUCUACAAUGACUGGGACUUACGCAGGGCAGUUCGUCAUGGAGGGCUUCCUGCAGCUCCGCUGGUCUCGCUUCACCCGGGUGCUCUUCACCCGCUCCUUUGCCAUCCUGCCCACUGUCUUCGUGGCUGCUUUCAAGGAUGUCACCCACCUCACAGGCAUGAAUGACCUGCUCAACGUCCUGCAGAGCAUCCUGCCCAGGGAAGGUGCUGAUGACCCUCAUCACGGGGCUGGUCUGCGCCAUCAACAUUUACUUCGUGGUGGACUUUUUGCCAACACUACAUGGCCUGGAGUACUACAUUCCCCUGGGCCUGCUACUGGCUGCCUACGUGGCUUUCGUCGCCUACCUGAUCUGGACAUGCAGCAUCGCGCAUGGAGCCCGGUUCCUGGCCCGAGGCCACCACAGCCGGUUCAAUUUUGGUCUCGCCCUCGACCCGACAGGCACAUGGUGAGAGAUUCCAUCCCUGCUUAUUAUCCCCACGUCCCUGCCCAGCGCGGCCUCUUCACAUCGGACACAGAUUUGCUACCACUCCGAGUCCGGGCAUGAUUUAGCCAGAGAUUAACCCAGCAAGGAAAGGGUGAACAGAUCGGCAGACCUCCCCCCCAAGAUCUCAGAGCUCAGCGCUUCUUCCCAUCCCCAACGCCCGCCAGUUCCGGGGUGCUGGUCCAGGCUCGAUGCGAGGGGAGUGGAAUAGCAGCGGGAAGUUCUCCCAGCCCUUGGCACAGACGCUUCAGUGAAUGAGCUGCGUCGGAGACUUCCCCUGCU